CAAGGCAGGUGUGCCCCCAUGUUGUCAUCACACUGGCAGUCCGAGGGUCAGAAACACUAAGUGUAAUUGGCUUCAAGCUCUGUGUUACAGUGAGGUAACAGACUCGUUUGAGUUGGGAUGCUGAGUCCCAGGAGGCACAGCACAAAGAUUCCACACAUAACUUAUACUCUGUUCCGAUGGAAUCCAAAGAUUCUGACGUCUUCGUUUCUUCUCUUUAUAUCAGCCAAACCUCUCUGACAACAUUUAUAUUGCUUACUAGAACACAGAUCAUGUGAUUUAUAAAUAAGCCCAUGUUUUAACCAUAUGCUUCUAGGGAAAUCACCUGUUUCUUUGUAAAAUAAUAAUCACCUUCAUGGCUUUUCUCUUCUUUUUUUGAGAAUUAGAUCAAGCCAUCUAUUCAUAAGCCUGGUGUCCUGACACACAGUAAUGAACGACUCUGCAGGGGCCACCAUCAUUACCACAAAGAAUGAGAGGUUGAUACAUUGUAAGACUGAAGAUUUGUAACAGCGCUUAGCUGCAUCCUCCUUGAAGAACUGUGGAUUCCCUGGGAGUGUCUAGUGACCACCUGCCUUCAUUUCCACCUUCAGGACAAUCAGGUUGAGUCCUCAUUGCAUCGCCUGGUGAAAGAUGGCAUCCAGCCUGACUUGUACUGGAGUGAUCUGGGCUUUGCUCUCCUUCCUUUGUGCUGCCACCUCCUGUGUGGGCUUCUUCAUGCCUUACUGGCUCUGGGGAUCUCAACUGGGCAAACCCGUGUCCUUUGGCACUUUCCUGAGGUGCUCCUAUCCGAUGCAUGAUGAGAGUCGGCAGAUGAUGGUGAUGGUGGAGGAAUGUGGGCACUAUACCUCCUUCCAGGGCAUCCCCAGCACAGAGUGGAGGACCUGUACCAUAGUGACCAGCCUGGGCUGUGGCCUGCUCCUCCUUGUAGCUCUCACUGCCCUUAUGGGUUGCUGUGUGUCAGAUCUCAUCUCCAGGACAGUAAGAAGAGUGGCUGGAGGAAUACAGUUUCUUGGGGAGUCCCAGUAGGAUGUCCUCACAUCUGUCCCAAUCUCUUGGUAAGUGA